AUGAAAUUGGGGCUAGCUAAGAGGCUCGUGAAGUUUGCUAAGGAGUGUAAGGAUAAGAAGUUGAGAGCUUUUUCAACAUAUAAAACAAAGAAAGAUUUAAGAAAGGUGUUACGCAAAUAUGAAAUCAAUAGCAGUAAAAUAACAAAAAUUCCGCCUUUUGAGCCAAAACCUGUGGAAAUUGACAAUAAAGACGAAGAGCUUGAGCAGUGUAUAACAGAAAUAAAGCGCAGGAUGGGAAUUAUAAGUUCAGCAACCAUUACACCAUAUAAACACAAGGAAAAGAAAGCAUCUGUAGUAUUUGAUGAUGAGUUUGACUAUCUCUAUAGGAUUGUGACCAUAACCUUAGACUGGUACUUUCUCAUGUACACAUCAGAAAGGAUUUAUUGCUCGAAAGAUGACUAUCAUAUAGUACUUAACGAGAAAAUAAUAAAAGAUAAUACGGAACUUUGCUGUAGCGUUAAAAAAGUUAUGGAGGUAAUCAUUGGCUUAUUGAAGGAUAGGGUCAAAGUUGGUGAUUCUUCAGAUAAAAAAAGAGCAAGGACUAGAGUUCCGAAUGGGUCAGCAAGGACAAAAAAAUUUAUUAAGGAAUGG